AUGAUGCUAACGUUCUGCCAGAGACUGUCAGGAGCAGAGCUUCCAGGACGGGCCGUUUCCCGACUCUCCUGGCUGGCAGUGCAAGCACCACUGCCCCCACAGCACUGCGCUUGCAGAAGGAAGCGAUCAACAUCCCGACGAACAAGGGACGUACCUUGGGUCAUGCGUCCCAAACAGAUCCAUACCUUGAUUUCCAAAUCUUUGGGCGCAACGCACCGUUCCUCGCAGAUCUGCUACGCCGGAGAAUGGCAAUGA